GAUUGCCCUGUAAGGUAGAUCAGUUAAAAUCAACCUCUCCUCCCCUGAGUUGAUAGGUAGGGUUAGGGUUGCCAGAUGUCACAAAGUUACAGAAUGCCCAGUUUUAGGGUAUAUCCCUUAUUCUAUAAGGGUUACAGUAAAAAAUAUUCAUUAUGUGAAAUUCAAGUAUAACUGGGUAUCAGGUAUUCUAUGUGGCAACCCUAGGUAGGGGAGUACGGGUAAGGCAAGAGAUUAGAAGAUUUGCAGCCUCCAAGGUUUCUGCACCUCGAUGGGACACUAGAAAGGAAGGCUUCUGGGCCUUUCUGGCUCUGGGAAUGAGCGUGGAAAACCCUCCUUACGCGGGCGCAGUGCUUCAAACAGCCAAGCCCUGACUUCCGAGGGAAGAAAGGAGGCCAUGGGCCUCUGCCAGAGCCCGGCUCUGAACUCUAUGGUCAGCAGAGUUCAAAACGACCUGCGACGUCUGGCGCUUAGCUCCUAAUGGGGUCUCCAGUCCAGCGGCGACGGCCAGCGGCUAGACCCCAUCCGCCCGACUCCAAGAUGGCGCCCGCCACAGCUGCCAGGUGUUAAGAUGGCGGCGCGGGGCCGCGCCCGCGCUCCCACACUCUCCUCCCCCAGCCUUUUUCGGGCUGGUAGCACGACUCGCGUAGCCGUGCGCGGGUUGCCUUUCGGCCUGGGCAGUGGUCCUGGCUGCCGGUCGACGACCGCCCCGCGUCAUGCGGCUCCUCAGCUGGUGGCAAGUACUGCUGUGGGUGCUGGGGCGUCCCGUCCGCGGCGUGGAGGUUGCAGAGGAAAGUGGUCGCUUAUGGUCAGAGGAGCAGCCUGCUCACCCUCUUCAGGUGGGGGCUGUGUACCUGGGUGAGGAGGAGCUCCUACAUGACCCGAUGGGCCAGGACAGGGCGGCAGAAGAGGCCAAUGCGGUGCUGGGGCUGGACACUCAAAGCGAUCACAUGGUGAUGCUGUCUGUGAUUCCUGGGGAAGCUGAGGACAAAGUGAGUUCAGAGCCUAGCGGCGGCACCUGUGGCGCUGGAGGAGAGGAGGACUCAAGGUGCAACCUCCGAGAGAGCCUUUUCUCUUUGGAUGGUGCUGGAGCACACUUCCCGGAUAGAGAAGAGGAGUAUUACACAGAGCCAGAAGUGGCGGAAUCGGACGCAGCCCCGACAGAGGACUCCAAUAACACUGAAAGUCUGAAAUCCCCAAAGGUGAACUGUGAGGAGAGAAACAUUACUGGAUUAGAAAAUUUCACUCUGAAAAUUUUAAAUAUGUCACAGGACCUUAUGGAUUUUCUGAACCCAAACGGUAGUGACUGUACUCUAGUCCUGUUUUACACCCCGUGGUGCCGCUUUUCUGCCAGUUUGGCCCCUCACUUUAACUCUCUGCCCCGGGCUUUUCCAGCUCUUCACUUUUUGGCACUGGAUGCAUCUCAGCACAGCAGCCUUUCUACCAGGUUUGGCACCGUAGCUGUUCCUAAUAUUUUAUUAUUUCAAGGAGCUAAACCAAUGGCUAGAUUUAAUCAUACAGAUCGAACACUGGAAACACUGAAAAUCUUCAUUUUUAAUCAGACAGGUAUAGAAGCCAAGAAGAAUGUGGUGGUUACUCAAGCUGACCAAAUAGGCCCUCUUCCCAGCACUUUGAUAAAAAGUGUGGACUGGUUGCUUGUAUUUUCCUUAUUCUUUUUAAUUAGUUUUAUUAUGUAUGCUACCAUUCGAACUGAGAGUAUUCGGUGGCUAAUUCCAGGACAAGAGCAGGAACAUGUGGAGUAGUGAUAGACUGAAAGAAGUUGGAAAGAGGAACUUCAAUCCUUCGUUUCAGAAAUUAGUGCUACAGUUUCAUACAUUUUCUCCAGUAACGUGUUGACUUGAAACUUCAGUCAGAUUAAAAGAAUCAUUUGUUGAACAACUGAAUGUAUAAAAAAAUUAUAAACUGGUGUUUUAACUAGUAUUGCAAUAAGCAAAUGCAAAAAUAUUCAAUAGAGUGGACUAUUCUUGUUUUUACUGCAUGAACUUAAUCCAGUAUUUGAAAAGUAAUCCAGUUUGAAAUGUGAAGAUGUAUUCUGGUAGAACAGUGAGUAGAAUGACAUGCUUACUAUACAGAAGGCAAAAAUAGGACUCUCAGAUAAUAGUUUUAGGAAACCCUUGAUUUCUUAUAUAUGUUUAAGAAGGUUAGUUUUCUGUUUCUUUGCAAUUUUUCUUCCAGAGUCCAUAGCAGGAAAGUAUGUAACGAGAAUUGGUUAGUGUGACCCCCUCAAGUAGCAAGUGAUGGAAAAUAAAAGAAUCAAAUACCUUGA